AUGCGUGGAAAACUGGAGUUAUUUAUGUCAUUGCUUUUUCCCAAACCAAACAUCCAAGAGUUCUUCCUCGAAGCCACUCUACUAUUUCCAAAACUGCCCAAAGAAGAGUUUGAACUGGAGGACGCUCCUCAGUGGCUGGUCGUCACCCUCACCAUCGUCCCCGUCAGCCUCAUCCCAGCCUGUUUAUCUGGUGGUUCAAAAAAUGCAGAUGUAUCAGACACCAAACCAGAAUGGGAGAGUCUCAUCUCUGACUAUCAGAACAUCAGUGAGCGCUUCGUCACAGUUAAUACAAAUCACAACGACCUGAAAAAGGACAACGAACUUUUGAAGGAGCACAACAUCUGGCUGGAGGAGGAGACCAGACUACUCAACAAGAGCCUGGUCAAACUGAUGGCCAUCAACUGUGCCAUGAGUGUGGAGAGCACCAAACUGCAGGAGAAACUGGUCAACCUCACACAACAAUGUGACCAGCUUGUCCAGUCCAGCACAGAGCAGGAGGAAGAGAAACUCAACAUGACUCAGACCAUUAAACUUCUGGAGCUCAAUGAGGGUUUGAGAGAAGAACUUAGAGGAGCGGAGGAGCUUCAGAGGCAAAACCAGAAUCUGAGCCGGACUCUGGCAAAAGAACGGCAGGAUGCAGCUGAGCGUGAGCAGAACAGGAGACUGGAGGUGGAGCAGAUGGAGGCAGAAAUGAACUCAGUGAAAGAGGCCUUGGACUCUCUGGACCUUUACUGCCCUGUGGUGAAUCUGACGACUAAAGAGAGGAUGUGCAAAAAAUGUCAUAAGGACUGGAGACAGUUUCAGACCAAGUGUUACUAUUUUUCAUCUCGAAUGCUGACUUGGAGCUCCAGCAGAGCCUGGUGCCAAACAAAAGGAGGUGACCUUCUCAUCAUAAACAGCAAAGAAGAACAGAGUUUCAUUUUUGCUUCCAGCCAGACUGUGGACCAGGCCGACACUAGACUGUGGAUAGGCAUGACGGACACAGAGAAGGAAGGAGAAUGGAAAUGGGUGGAUGGCAGCCAGGUCACCUCAGGGGUUCAAUAUUGGCUGAGCAGAUCAGGGAUGGGAACUGAACCGAUGACUGGAAAGCAGAAGACCCACUGGGAGAGGACUGUGGACAUUGAUACCACUGUCACAGCUCUGGAGUCGUGGAUGGAUGGAUCCUGCAAGAUACCUUAUAGAUGGAUAUGUGAAAUGAAUGUAUAA